AUGAUGUUGGGUGGGAUGGACGGCAAGGAGUACGGAGCGCUGCACGCCGCGGCGGCCGCUGCGGGGUACGCCAUGGAACCAGACCCCAAUGCGGGCGCGAUGGGCAGCACGGGUAUGGGCGGCGGCGCGCAGCAGUACGGCGAGGUCAACCAGCUAGGCGGCGUGUUCGUGAACGGCAGGCCGCUGCCAAACGCCGUGCGCCUGCGGAUCGUGGAGCUGGCACAGCUGGGCAUCAGGCCUUGCGACAUCAGUCGGCAACUUCGAGUAUCCCACGGCUGCGUUUCCAAAAUCUUGGCGCGGUACCACGAGACCGGUUCCAUUCUACCCGGCGCCAUCGGUGGAUCCAAACCUAGAGUCACUACUCCAAAGGUGGUGUCUUACAUAAAGCAGCUCAAGGCGAAGGACCCGGGCAUAUUCGCGUGGGAGAUCCGCGACCGGCUGCUGGCGGACGGAGUGUGCGACAAAUACAACGUGCCUUCCGUAUCCAGCAUUAGCAGAAUCCUGCGCAACAAGCUGGGCGGCACCCUCUACCCCGUGCCACCAUUGUACCCCGUGCCGCCGCAGCGCUGCUGGCCGCUGCACCAGCCUUACGACUACUACGUUUACCUGCAGGGUCGCCAGCACGCAGCAAACGCGCAGCACGGCCUGCAGCACUCGCACGUGCCCCCCCCUCCGCACCACGCGCACGCGCACGCGCUAUGACAUCCAGCACCCGCGCACCCGCACCCGCACCCGCCGUGACGAAGCCGUGCCAGCGCGCUCACCACAAAGCAUGAAGAAACAAGCGGACAAUGCAAGUGUGUGUGUGACCUGUGACCAGUGUUUUGUGCAGUGCGGACACACACUAAGACUUGUGUCGAAAGAGUAUUUUAUAGUUUUGUUUUAAUAAAACAUUCAUUAUCACAGUGGAAUAAA